AUGAGUGAUGAAACAAAAGGCGGCGGGGCAGCUGAGGUCGCGGCCGCAGUGGCGGCCGAAAUGCAAGAGAUGGAUCUGAGCAACGAGCUCAGGGCCCGCUGCAACACUGGCGCGAAGCAAAGGAUUCCAAUCAUCUGCAUCGGGUUCCACCAGGCGGAAGCCGACUUCGAGGGGGUGCGCGUCGGGGAUCUCCCCGUGGAGAAGCACAAGGGCAUGGCGGGGUACACCUCGUUCACGCAGCACUGCAAGGACACGGCCAAAGGGUGCCUUAAGGAAAUAUAUUGCCGCAGCGGCGGCGAAGUUCUCUGCGGCACGCUUUCGCACUCGCAUUUGGCAAUCAUUAUGCGGGCCAUCGGCGCGGGGGCAAAGUGGGAGAUCCCUACAGACGACCUGGCCCCUGCGCAGGUGGCAACGCUGCAGCUCAUGUGCGAGGCCAUGAAUCGGCCACAGGCGUUCUCCAUGCGGACGUCGGAGCUGGAGGCGAUGAAAAUACUCUCCUCAGAGAUCAAGAACGCAAACGCGGACGGCAGCGACACAAUCACCUACGAGAGCGCGAUGCAGGCGGCAUGUGCCCGACUGGGGAGCUCCCCCUUCCGACCCCUCCUCUGCGACUUCUGCGACUUCAUCCUGAACCUGGGCGCCGAUGAAGGCCCUCACGUGCGGGAACUCAUCGACUUCGUCGAGACGUACGUCAAUUCUGCUACGAGAAUGUUGCGCCUGCCUGCGUUCGGCCUCGCGGGGGAGGUGAGCGCGCAGUUCCCCCGCGCGAAGGUGGCCAUCAUCAUGCGGGCCUACAGGUUGCCGUCCAGGAAGGCUUCCGAACAGGCGGGGGCGCCAGGCUGGUGCAUCGAGCCCGAACUCGCGUGGAAGCAGCGAGCAUUGGGGCCGCAGUUGCGGCUCAUGGAGGAUGUUCUCCACGCGCACCACGUGGCCCUGAGAACAGAAAUCGCGAAACGCCUUGACAACAACGCCUCGGCGGUGGUUCAGUUUCUGACCAACGUCAACAUCCAGUGCCACAGCGCCAUGGCCGUCGUGGUCAAGGGGGCCAACCCCUCGACGGCGAAGGCCAGCGAGGCGCUCUUGCAGGGGCGCAGGGCGGCGUGCACGAACGCCCCGCCGACGGAAAAAACUGCCGAGCUCACGGCGACCUUCCAGGCGCAGGAGGACUGGGAUUGGUUGGACUUUGCAACGCUGCCGCCCGAAGAAAAGACAACCGCAACGUCGGCUCAGGAAAAGGGAGGCGGGCCCGCCGCGCAGCCCGUGGCGAUCGCGCCCAGAGCGAUCACUGGGCGCCCCGAGAACGAACAGGCCACCGUUGAGGAGGGAGAGAGGCCAGCAACGUGGUUGCCACUGCCAGUCACGGAGUGGUUGGGCCAGGCAGCCGCCAGGGACAUGGGCAAGAAGGAGGCCUACAUAGGAGCGGUGCUGCAGGUGCUACGAGAGAAGCACUUGGCGCUCUGUUCGCGCGUUGAACAGGGCGCAGAAUCGAACCUACCUGUGGCCCUGAGCCGCCGCGCAACGAGCAACAAAGUGAAAGCGUGCACAAAAGCCGCAGUGGCGGCUGGCAAACUCGCGUCGUGGCCACGCGCGCCGAAGCAGAACAAAGCGUGGGAUGCGAUCGGCCACAAAGACAAAGUUCACGUAGAUGUGUGGGCCAAGAACCCAGAAGAGCCUGCGAAGACUUCGUUCUACAUGCAUCCGGAGUUUGCCGCGCCCGAAAGCAAGACGUCCUACGAUGUGGAGUUCGCACCAAAGGAAGUGAGCAUAGUCAUCUGCGGGCGGGUCAUCUGCAUCCGAAUCCCAGUGGCGACCAACGCGGUGGAUCUCCAGGCGGGCGAGGAACUGAUCAUGGAAGACACACAUGUGAAGAGGAAGAAGGAAGCGGCCCCGACCGACUGGAGGAAAACCGCGAAGAAGGCCAGAGCGAAGCCGAAGAGCCAGCCGCAGCAGCACAAAACCGCUUUCGACGAAAAAGGCCACCAGGACAUCUGA